GUCUCGAUUCUCGAUUUGUCUUCGAAUCGAUUCAAUUCGAUUUUUAAACAAUCGCUCCCAGCACUACACAGUUGGUUGAAGAAGCUUCACUUGAUACGAUUUCUCCGUGUGCUCUAAAAAUUGACAAAAAAAAAAGCAAAACAAACAAUCGAAAAAAAAGGCGAAUUGUGCGCGUUGGAGUCCAGGUGCGAAAAUUGCAAUACGCGAAAUAUUUAAUUGCGACGCAAUGCAUUAACUAAUUGGCCACGCGUGCAGGUGUCGCACUUUUGUUGUCUGUCCAACGGUAAAACGCAAUGAAACAGCUCUUAAUUCGACUAUUGCUAACCUAGUUUCACUUCCCAAACAACACAAAAAAUCAAAUCCCAAAUAAAUUAAAACAAACAAAGAUCGAAGAAGAACAAGAAGCAGCAGCAGCAAAAUAACAAACACAAAAAAAAAACUAGAUAAAUUAAAAGAGAUACAAAAAACACAUAAGAAAUAAACCUGGCAAAUUCCUCAAACUUCUAGCAAAAUCCUUCUACAAAGCUAGAACAGUUCAAAGUAUAAGGAGAAGAAGAAGAAGAAGCAGCAUUAUUAUACAAUUUUUGAGAGUUUCUACAGCAGCAGCGGCAGCGGCGGAGGACGACUCAUGUUAGAAAAAUGAAAAAGUUCACAUUUAAAGGAGUUCUGGAUGGAUUUCGACAAAGCGUACAGCCGCAAGCCAUACGACAGGAGCAGGAAAUCCAGGAGCAAUUAAAACCCGAUCAUUUCACAUUGAAGAAAACCUUUCGCCAUGGCUUUCCAUUUUCACCCACAUCCUUUGCCUUCGAUCCAGUACAAAAACUAUUAGCGAUUGGUGAUAAAUCCGGCUAUAUACGCAUAUUGGGGCGACCUGGCGUCGAUGCACAUGCCAAACACGAGGGCGAAUCCGAGUGCGCAGUUCUCUUUGCCACAUUCCUGGUCAAUGAGGGAGCCCUGGUCACAGUCACCGCCGAUGACACCAUACACUUGUGGAGCAUACGCCAAAAGACGCCGCGCAUUGUGCAGAGCCUCAAAUUUCAGCGCGAGCGGGUCACUUGCAUACAUUUGCCCGUGGGCAGCAAAUGGCUGUACGUAGGCACCGAGAAGGGUAACAUACACGUCGUUCACAUAGAUACAUUUGCACUUAGUGGAUAUAUUAUUAACUGGAAUAAAGCAAUUGAAGUGGUUAGAACUAGUCAUCCAGGUGCUGUGAUUGCGUUAUGUGAUAAUCCAUUGGAUGCAAACAAGUUGCUUAUUGCAUUUGAGUGUGGGCUGCUUGUAUUGUGGGAUCUGAAAGCGAAAUGCGCUGAAAUUCGAUGGCAGGCAGCCGAGCCUGUUAAAUCUUUGGCCUGGCAUUACGAGGGCAAAUACUUUGUAUCUUCGCACACAGAUGGAUCCAUUUGCUCUUGGCCCACCAGGCCGCAGCCCAAGCCCCAGUCCCAAGUUUGUCCGCAUGCGAAAAUCAACAAGGAUGGCAAUGCGGAGAAAUGCAAACCGAUUUAUAAAGUUGACUUGAAGUCCAGCACAACUGGCGAAACCUUUACAAUUUUCUCUGGGGGCAUGCCAUCGGAGAAGGGCUCAAAGUCGAAUUGCAUCACCGUCAUGGUGGGCAAGACCACAACCGUUUUGGAAAUGGAGCAUGCCGUUUGCGAUUUCAUCACGCUCUGCGAGAAUCCCUGGCCCUGCGAAACCCAGGAGCCAUAUGCGAUAGCUGUGCUGCUUCAAUAUGACUUAGUAUUAAUAGACUUAUUAACGCCCGGUUUUCCAUGUUUUGAAUCGCCUUAUCCAAUGGACUUACACGAAUCACCUGUUACAUGUUGCACAUAUUUAACCGAUUGCCCAUCGGAUUUGGUUCCUGCUUUCUAUUCUGUUGGUCGCACAACGACAAGUAAAAAAACGGGCUUCUCGGAACGUGAAUGGCCCAUAUCUGGCGGAGAAUGGUCACCAGCCUCAUGCAGUUACUCGGAGAUUGUCAUCACAGGGCAUCAGGAUGGCAGCCUGAAAUUCUGGGACUCUGGCGCUGGCACACUCCAGAUUCUGUACAAACUGAAGACGGCCAAGAUGUUUGAGAAGCCGCGUCACGUUAGCCACGCGGAUAGCGAUAAUCCAUUGGCUGUGCAUUUGAUAUUUCUAUGCUCGGAAUCGCGACGUUUGUGUGUCGCUGGUGCCAUGGGACAGGUAAUGUUGUUCAAAUUUCGCAAGGUCGAGUCCACAUCGGAGGUGCUGGUGCUGGAGAUUCCAAUACUCUAUGAGAACUUUGAUGACAAUUAUGGCACAAGUCCUGAAUGCGAUUUCCUAACCGGACAUCAGGUGCAAAAGACCGAAUCCAGUGAUUCCGAUAAGACGGAGAGCACGUUGAAGGUGCGUUUUGGAGCUCAGCGAAAACCACCGGGUUUUCAAUCCCAAUUGGUUUGUCUGACCACGGGGCCGAAUCGUCGAACCGUGCAGGUUACCUCGUUGUGCAUCAACUCAAGCUAUGGCCUAAUGGCUUAUGGUACCGAAUAUGGACUUGUCAUAAUUGAUAUAAUCCAAAAAAUUUGCCUAUUGAGUGUUGCAUGUCCCGAUCUGUAUGGCGCACACGAUCCUUACUCGCGAACACCAAAAAGUCCAAAACGUAUUGAGAGCAAAGAGGAGCAAAGCCGUUCGCCCAGUUCAGAUCAGCUGAACGAUACAACAAGUCCGGACAGUCCGUCAAUUGAAUUCAUACCGGAGGCAAAUGAGGCAACCGUAUGCGGUUCAGCAGCGAUUUCAGGAGCGGAAUCAUCGCAAGGCGGUUCGCGGCCCACAUCACCGCUGGCCAUUGAUCAGAUGAUUAACAGCAACAAGGAGACGCUUGUGAGCAGUGCCACAUCGGCUGCAUUCGCUGCCACAAAGAGUCCACAGCGUGAUGAGGGCACCACAGGGGCAGGAGCAGGGGCAGGAGCAGCGCCCAAAGAGAUGCAGACAGAUCGUCGCAAGUCCAUGUCAUGGAAAACGUUCAAUUUGAAACGUCAAUUAUCAAAAGUCAAUAUGAAAAUCGGUGGUAGUCUUAACACCGAACUGGAGUCGAUACGCAACAACAGCUCAUCCAUCUUUUAUGCGCCCAAGGAAAGCUCACCGGAAUGCGCACCUGGCGAUGAGCCGACGCUGCCCACCGCCGAGGCUUUGGAAUGUCGCGAAGAAGAUGUCGGCCUCGCAACCGCAACUGCAAUGCUCAAUUGUGAUACAGAGACGUCGACGUUGGCAGCGCUGCCAACGCCGACGCUGAAGCGUGUAGAUUUUGAGCAGCCGCCAGAGAGCGGUGAGCGUCCCAACAAUUUGCCCCUGAGCGAGUCACAACAACAACAGCAGCAACAACAGCAGCAGGCGCCAUUGAAGCCGACACGUCAGAAAUUUAAAGAGAAAGCACGAGAUCAACGUUUGCUCUCAGUGCCGAACAUUAAAUAUCAGCCGCGUGAGCAGCGUGCUGGCGCCAUUGUCAUUGGCAGCGGCGUCGCCAGCGGCAGCGGCGUUGGCAGCGGCAGCGGUGGGCGGGUCAACAAAAAUGAUGUAUCGCCAAUGAUGAGCGGCAGUUUAACCAAAAAAAUACAUAAAUUGGAUGGCACCUUCUCCAGAUCCAGAUCAUCUUCAAUGUCCAGCAUUGAUAUGUCUUCCUCUGAAUCUGUUACCUGUUUAGCUUUUAUCGAGAGUUAUGCAAAACGCAAUGAUAUUUUGACGCUCGUUCCUACUUUGUGGAUUGGAACUAGUUUCGGUUCAAUAUUGACAUUGUUCAUCACAAUGCCGGAGCGCGAUGUGCGCAAAUCUCAGCCCGUCUUGGUUACAAUAAAUGGUGGUCCCGUGGUACGACUCAAAGGUUCCAUUACUUCCAUGUCCUUUUUGGACUCAUACGGCUCGAUAAUACCCUACACAUUUGAGCCUUGGCGCGACGAGAACAGGGACAAAAAAGAUCGCACACCCACUAAGAGCAGCAGCCGCACAAGUCCCACAUUUACACCAACAACUGCCAAUACAAUAUCAAACACUUCGGUUGCUGGCAUUGCUGGUGGUGCGGGGGCAACAGGCGGUGGUGGUGGAGGUGGUGCAGUUGGAGGUGCAGGUGCUGUCAGUGGUGUUGCAGCCGGCGGUGGUGCAGCUGGCGGUGGUGCAACUGGUGUUGGUGUUGGUGGUGCAACAGCCACUGCAAGUGCUGGCAAUGCUGCUGUCGCUGGAGGAAGCGGGGCAAGCGGCAGCGGUGGUGGCAUCAGCAGCAGCAGCGGUGGUGCAAGUGGCAGCAGCGGCAUCAGUGGCAGCAUUAGCACUGGCCUCGAAACACUCACCGAUCGACAAUAUAUCGUAAUCGCUAGCGAAAAGCAAACAAAAGUCUUCGAUGUGGCAAAUCAAUGCUGCAUUAAUCGCAUACAAUUAUCGGAAAUGGAUUUUGCAGUCAAGGCAGAAACUAUCACGAUGAAAGAUGGCUCUUGCUUAGCAACCUAUCUUUCGAAUGGCCAUCUAAUGGUACAUAGUCUUCCUAGUCUAAAACUGUUAUUGGAUACUGAUUUCUUACCGCUCAUGGACUUAAGUUUUCAAACCAAAUGUAAACAGGGAAUUGUCGAUCCAAUGCUUUCGAUAUGGGGUCAACAGAUCAUUGUUCAUGAAGAUACAACUCAAAUAUCAAAAAUCUUUUGCUUUAGUCAUAAAGGUCAUGGAUUGUACAUGGCAUCGCCCACCGAAAUUCAAAAAUUCACGAUAUCAUCGGAAUUUUGUCAAUUUAUUUUGGAGAUGAUGGGUGAGUUAUAUACGGUACACGAAAUGCCCGAACAACCAAAGGAGGGUUUCUUUAAGGGUCUAUUUGGCGGUGGCGCCAAGCUUUUGGAUCGCGAGGAGUUAUUUGGUGAACAGAGCGGGAAAGCAAAUCGUUCAGUUGCACGGCAUAUACCUGGUCCCACAAUGGAGCAGCUUGGUCAACGUGCUUCCACAGCCGCAUCGGAAAUUAGCCGUGCCCAUCAGUUGGCCAGGGAGCGUGGCGAGAAGCUCAAUAUGUUGGAGGAGAGCGCGGAGCGUAUGGCCAAUACAGCUCAAGAUUUCAGCGGUACAGCGCAUCAAUUAAUGCUUAAAUAUAAAGACAAAAAGUGGUAUCAGUUGUAAAAUAUCUAUUUUAGGAGCCAAUUCUACCACAGUUAUUGUAAUAUUGCUUUUAUAACACUUUCUACUACAUUACAAGUAAAGUACACUUAUUUAAUUUCUGUUUUCAAGUCGUCACGUUAUUUACAAAAACCAAAAA